CUUUUCACAUUUUACAUUCAAUACAAGCUCUGAGCUUUCUCUCUUUCUCACUCUCUCCCUUUGCUUGUUUGUGUGGUCGUACGUUUCGGUCUUUUCGUCCACAUGGCUGUGGAAACGCCGAACCACACGCAAACGGUAGGAGGGUGGGCGGCUUAUGAUUCCUCUGGCAAGAUCGCCCCUUACAUCUUCAAACGAAGGGAGAAUGGCGUGAACGAUGUGACCAUUAAAGUUUUGUAUUGUGGGAUCUGCCACACUGAUCUCCAUCACGUUAAGAACGACUGGGGCAUCACCAUGUAUCCUGUUGUUCCUGGGCAUGAAAUUACUGGGGUGAUCACCAAGGUGGGAAGCAAUGUCAAGAAUUUCAAAGUAGGAGACAGGGUAGGGGUUGGGUGCUUGGCAGCAUCCUGUUUGGAAUGUGAGUUCUGUAAAAGCUCGCAGGAGAACUACUGUGACCAGAUCCAGUUCACCUACAAUGGCAUUUUCUGGGAUGGUAGCAUUACUUAUGGUGGAUAUUCCAAAAUGUUAGUCGCAGAUCACAGGUACGUGGUCCGUGUGCCAGAUAACCUGCCAAUGGAUGCAGCAGCGCCCCUGCUGUGUGCGGGGAUCACCGUCUUUAGCCCCAUGAAAGAUAGCCAACUACUCGAGUCACCAGGGAAAAUGGUGGGAAUAGUUGGUCUAGGCGGUCUUGGUCAUGUUGCUGUCAAAAUGGCAAAGGCAUUUGGUCAUCACGUAACCGUCAUCAGCACCUCUCCAUCAAAAGAAAAGGAGGCUAGACAGCGCUUGGGCGCAGAUGGUUUCAUAGUUAGCACUAAUGCAGAACAAAUGCAGAGAGGUAAGAGAACGCUAGAUGUUAUCUUGGACACAGUUUCAGCCAAACACUCGCUAGGACCGAUUUUGGAACUACUCAAAGUAAAUGGGACUUUAGUGGUUGUGGGGGCACCAGACAGGCCAAUGGAUCUUCCUUCUUUUCCAUUAAUAUUCGGGAAGAGAGCAGUGAAGGGGAGCAUGACAGGCGGCAUGAAAGAGACCCAAGAAAUGAUGGAUGUGUGUGGCAAGCACAACAUCACAUGCGAUGUAGAACUCAUCGAGCCAGAUCAAAUCAAUGAAGCCCUGGAUCGCCUUGCGAGAAACGAUGUUAGAUACCGUUUUGUAAUCGACAUUGCUGGAAGGUCUAAGCUUUAAAGAUUCAGGAUCACUGGUCUUCUGACCUCUUCCUUUGGCAAGCGACGCCUACAAUUGUCAAUCACCACCAGCUGUUUAAUGCUCAUCUUCACGAAAUGCUUGCUUUGUAACGUUUGGUAGUAUUAUAAUUUCUUUGUUUGCUUUUAGUAUUAUUUCGGGCAAACUAGAAGAAUCUAUCCUUGUAAAAUCAGGCUUGAGCAUUUUGGCAUGCUAUGCAAAGUCCAAUCGAUGAGCUGAAAUGAACAGGCAACCCACCAGAAAUAUUUGAACUCGGAAUGUCUUCUAGGACUUCUUUGGCUUCUUCAA